AUGAGCGCCCCACCGCCGAACGGCUCUCGAUGGAGGGCCAGUCCUUUCAACAGAGGAUCAGCAUCCCCCUCGCCGACCCCGGUGCCCGGCUCGAGUCGCCCACAGUCCAUGGAUCUGUCGAUUCCCAAGUCCCAAGUCCACGCCCGGGCUCAGUCCAUCAACUCGUUAAUACCCGCCCGCGAUGCCGCGACACGCGUGGGUUCGAAUUCGCACCGUAACAGCAUGCUUGCUGGAGGCACCUUUGCUCCCAAGUUCAUCAAAUCGGAGGAGAUGCAGAAUGCACCACAGCUAGUCCGCGGCAUCGAAGGCGAAAACGACUUCUCGGGCAAGCGCUACGUCUGGCUGCGCCACCCAGAGAAGGCCUUUAUGCGCGGAUGGGUUGUCGAGGAGCUCGAAGGAAACAAUCUGCUCGUACAGUGUGAUGAUGGCGAUCAACAAACCGUAGACGCAGACACGGUCGACAAAGUCAACCCGGCGAAGUUCGACAAGGCUGAUGACAUGGCAAUGCUCACACACUUGAACGAGGCAUCAGUAGUGCACAACCUCCACCAGAGGUAUCAGGCCGAUCUGAUUUACACUUAUUCGGGGCUCUUCUUGGUUACUGUGAAUCCCUAUUGCCCCCUGCCAAUCUACACGCGUGACUACAUCAACAUGUACAAGGGCCGGAGCCGAGAGGAUACCAAGCCGCAUAUCUACGCCAUUGCCGAUGAGGCUUUCAGAAACCUGGUCGACGAGGGUGAAAAUCAGAGCAUUCUGGUGACGGGCGAGUCCGGUGCGGGUAAAACUGAAAACACGAAGAAGGUUAUCCAGUAUUUGGCAGCUGUGGCAACCGGCGACGCCAACACACCAGGACGGAGAAAAGCUAGUGGUCGGCAAAUGUCGAACUUGUCUGAGCAGAUUCUCCGAGCCAAUCCCAUCCUGGAAGCCUUUGGUAACGCACAGACGGUCCGAAACAACAACUCUUCAAGAUUCGGAAAGUUCAUCAGAAUCGAAUUCUCCCGCACUGGCCAAAUUGCUGGUGCCUACAUUGACUGGUACCUGCUGGAGAAGUCGAGAGUUGUGCGAGUCAACUCAAGCGAGCGCAACUACCACGUCUUUUACCAACUUCUCCAGGGUGCACCCGCCCAGAUGAAACAGGAUUUCCUCCUUGAUGGCAAGGAUCUGGAGGACUUCGAGUACACCAAGCACGGCAAUGACACUAUCAGUGGGGUCUCUGACUCGGAUGAAUGGAAUUCUUUGGUCGAGGCGUUCGUCAUCAUGGGAUUCUCUGAGAGGGAGCAACAUGACAUUCUCAGGACAAUAGGCGCGGUCCUCCAUCUCGGAAAUAUAACUGUGAUUAAGGAGAGUAUCCGUGCUGACCAAGCUGCUUUCGAUCCCGACGCAGAAGCACAAGCCGACAAAGUUGCUCGUCUCCUCGGCAUCCCUGUUGAACCGUUCAUCCGAGCGCUUUUGCAUCCAAGGGUGAAAGCUGGCCGCGAAUGGGUCGAAAAGGUCCAAACACCGGAGCAGGUUCGCUUGGCAGUUGAUGCACUCUCGAAAGGUAUCUACGAGCGCGGCUUUGGUGAUCUGGUUGAUCGAAUCAAUCGACAACUUGAUCGCUCGAAUGCCGGGUCUGACGACUCGCACUUUAUCGGAGUCCUGGAUAUCGCUGGUUUCGAAAUUUUCGAAGAGAACAGCUUUGAGCAGUUGUGCAUCAACUACACCAACGAGAAGCUACAGCAGUUCUUCAAUCACCACAUGUUCGUUUUGGAGCAGGAGGAAUACGCGAGAGAACAAAUUGAGUGGAAGUUCAUCGACUUCGGCCGGGACUUGCAGCCUACCAUUGAUCUCAUCGAAGUGUCGAAUCCCAUUGGUAUUUUCUCCUGUCUUGACGAAGACUCGGUCAUGCCCAAGGCUACCGACCGAACCUUCACGGAAAAGCUCCACCAGCUUUGGGACCGGAAGACGCCAAAAUACAGACGCUCAAUGCUUCGGCAGGGCUUCAUGCUUACUCACUACGCAGCCGAAGUUGAAUAUUCGACAGAGGGUUGGCUCGAAAAGAACAAGGAUCCCCUCAAUGAUAAUGUCACCCGGUUGCUUGCCUGCUCUACCGAGAAGCACAUCGCCAAACUCUUCGCCGACUGCGCCGACACAGAGGAGGAGGCGGGCGCGACCCGCAACAGAGUCAAGAGGGGUCUUUUCCGCACUGUUGCUCAGAGACAUAAGGAGAACCUUUCGAAGCUCAUGGGUCAGCUGCACUCUACUCACCCUCACUUUGUGCGCUGCAUUCUGCCCAAUCACAAGAAGCGACCGAAGCAGUUCAGCGCACCGCUCGUCCUUGACCAAUUGCGAUGCAAUGGUGUGCUUGAGGGCAUUCGCAUUGCACGCACUGGAUUCCCUAACAGACUGCCUUUCGCUGAGUUCCGUCAGCGAUAUGAGAUCCUAUGCAGAGAUAUCCCAAGAGGUUACCUGGAAGGACAGGUCGCGGCCAGGAUGAUCCUAGAGAAUCUCGAUUUGGACAAGUCUUUCUACCGCGUCGGUCUUACCAAGGUCUUCUUUAGGGCGGGCGUCUUGGCCGAGUUGGAAGAGCAGCGCGAUGUUGUGAUCAGCAAGAUAAUGGCACGAUUCCAAUCAGUUGCGCGUGGCUAUAUGCAAAGGCGUAUUGCACACAAGCGACUUUACAGGGCCGAAGCAACCCGGGUCAUUCAGCGCAACUUCCAAGUCUAUCUGGACCUUCAGGCGAACCCAUGGUGGCAGCUUUUCGUCCGCAUGCGCCCUCUUCUUGGUGCCACCAGGCAAGCCCAAGAAGUCAAGAAGCGUGACGAGAUGAUCCAGAAACUCGAAGAGCAACGUCAGGCUGAGCUCGCCGAGCGCGAAAGGGUCGAGGAUGAACGUCGGCGUGCUGAGGGCGAGAUUCAACGGAUCCAAGAGACUUUGGAGAGUGAACGUGCCCUGGCCCUCGACAAGGAGGAGAUUUUCAAGCGUCUUCAAGCACGCGAGGCUGAGCUUGUCGAGAAGCUCUCUGAGGCGGAGGCCGACUCAGAAAAUCUCGAAGAGCAGCUGAGCGAGUUGAUGAUCGCCAAGAAGAAGACCGAAGAGCAAGCCGAUGAGUGGAGAAAAGAGUUGGAACAAGCUGGGGAAAUCAUCAGCGGUCUUGAGGCAGAAAAACAGGAGCUUGUCAACCAGAUUACGGAGCUGGAGCUGCAAGUCUCUGAAUUGGAGAAUUCCCGGGCCCAAAGGACUGCGGCAGAGGAAAAGCUUCAACAGGAACUCAAUAUGCUCAACAGCCACCUCUCCCUCAAGGACAAGAAGCUCAAGGAUCUGGAGGACAAAAUGCUCAAGAACGACCAAGAACUGGAUAUCAAGCUGGCGAAUGCAACCAAGGACCUGACCUCGGCUAAGAAACAAGUUAAGGAGCUCAUUGACGAGAACCGCGAGGUAAGGAAGCAGAUGACAGACUUGUCCAACAGCGCCACCAGUUAUGAGGACCUCGUCCGACGAAAGGAUAGCGAGCUUGCUAUACUCAAGUCGGAGAACAGACAAUACGAGUCCGACCGCCAAAAGUUUGAUACCGAGAAGAAGUCCUUGACGACCCGUCAUGAGACUGUACAAGCUCAGCUUCGUGAUGUCAAGGCGGAGAUGGAGGCUCUUCUGUCUGCCAAAGCUCAGCUUGAGCGUGAGGCUGCUGAUGCGAAAAAGCUUCUUGACGCAAAGCUGUCCGAAGAUGCCGAGUUCGUGGAGGAUCGCCGAAUUCUUGAGCAGCAGCUCCAGGAUCUCAAGGCCGAACUCUUCCAAGUGCAAACCGAGCUCAGCCGGGAGAGGCAAUCGAGGGAUGAUGUGGAAAUGCUUGGUGAACACAAGUUCACUGAGCUCAAGCAAAACUUCGACACCUUGAAGGAAGCUAAGGUCACCAUCGAGAAGGAGAUGUAUGUCCAGCAAGACGUUCUCCGCCGUGCCAAUGAAGGCAGGGUGGCAGCUGAAAAGGAACGGAAGGAAUACCAGGAUGAGCUCCGGCAGAUCAGACAACAGUACCUCCAGCUUCAAGAGGAGAAGUUGGAAGCCGAUGCGAGCGCCGAGAAAAAUCUGGUGAAGCUGGCAACCGAGCGCCAGGAGGCCCUGCGCCAACAGCUGCAAGAGAAGGACGCUGAAAUGGAGGAACUUGAAGCUGAGCGCGCCCGUUUGCACAAUGAGGUCCAGGGUCUCACUCAAAUGAUUGCGGAAUCGGACACAUAUCGAGCCUACAACGAUCAGCACAAGGAGCGCCUUGAGCGUGAGCUGGUUACUUUCAAGGGACGCCUUGCUGCGUCUGAGAAUGACAACCGCGCCCUGCUCAACAAGAUUCAGCAGAAGAACCUGGACAUCGCCAGAUCAAAUUCCAGGGCUGGCGAUAGCCAACGUACAAGAAUCUCUCAGCUCACGAAUGAGAAGGCCAAACUCGAGGACGAGAACAAGAAGCUCCAGCGCCAGGUUGAGGACUCCCAGCUCAUGUUGACAUCCCUUGAAAAGCAGAAGGAGAAGCUUGCCCUCGGCAUGGAGGAUCUGAACCACGAGAUGACUCGCGAGCAGAUGGCAAGCCGGAACGCUGAAAAGUCGGCCUCUACCGCUAAUCUUCAACUGGCUGAUGCGAACCGCAAGCUUGAGACGGAAAGGCAAUUGAGGACGCAGGCUCAGGCUAACAAUAGGACCAUCCAGUCAUCCCUUGAGAACGCGGAGAACGAGCUUGCGGAGUGCCGCAAUCAACUCAUGCUCCUCCGUAAGGUCUUCGAACCUGAUGCGCCUGAGGACGAGGAGGGUACCUAUGAGUCUGCUAAGGGUGACAUCCACAAAGCUGUCGACCUGGCGAAGAAGCUCGAGGCUGCUCAGAUUGCUCUGCGACAGGCCAACGAAAGGGCAAUCAACGCUGAGAUUCUGGUUGAGGAACUCCGGGAGCGCUACGACGGAGAGAUCAAUGAUCUUGACACCAGGCACUCCAACUCGAAGCGUGCUUUGCUUGAGGAACUGAACCAGAACCAACUGAACCAGGCACCCACCCGACACGCUCCGAGUGCCUGGAAAUGGGACUCUGAGAACAAGCGCCCAUUCACCCCCCCUAACGGCACCCCGUUCGCCCAGCGACAGCUCAGCAAUGCCACGCACGACUCUGCUCGGUCGGAGAAGAGCGUCGACACCGUCACCUUCAACAACAAGAUGGAUCUUGCCGCCGAGCUUGAGUUGGUACAAAACCAGCUCCAGAUGUCGGAGAUGCGCUCUCACCAUCUGCAGAGCCAGCUGGACCGCUCCCCCACUAAAAAUUGGGAGGAGGAGAGCCCUAGUAUGCGAAGGAUCCAGAAGCUUGAGCGCGAGAACUUCCGCCUCCACGACAUGCUCGACGAUUCGGCGAAGAAGGUCUCGUCUUUGGAGCAUGACCUCCGCAACGGCCAGCUGUCGCUUACCGAAGUCCAGACAAAGUCGUACGAGGAGCUCUAUGAUCUUCUCAAUUCUCAAGAGCAUGCAAGGAAGUCGAUUCUGCAGUCGCACAAUUCUCUUGUGAACGAAUUGGCCAGCGCGAAGACCGCCUUCGAUGAGCUCAAGCAGACUAGGCGGGAGAUGGAGGUGGAGCUUCGCGACUCGCGGUCCGAGCUUGCUGAUGUGAACUAUGAGCGCGAGCAGGAAGCUGCCAACCACUCUCAGCUUCUGCAAGAAUUUUCUGACCUUCAGAUCAGGCUGGACAACGAGCAGUCCAAACUUCUCGAUGUCACUUCCAGCCUCAACCUUUACAAGAGCAGAGCAGACGAGUACUUCAGCAAGCUCGAACAAGCUGAGAUUGCCGUGCUCAAGGCAUCCCGCGCAGAACAGUUCGCCAAGACGCAAUCCCGCGAAGCGGAAGAUCAAUGCGCCAGUAUCAUGGCCGAGCGCCAGCAGAUGGACAACAUGAUUGAGGAUCUGCAGAGACAGACGCAACAGUACGAGGAGCGUAUCGAGGACCUCUCCGCUGACCUUGAGGCUGCCCUUCAGGCCAAGAAGCGUCUUCAGAACGAGCUUGAGGACUACCGCAGCCAGCGCGCCAUCGAUAUCGAGGACACGGAUGCGUCGAUGGAGCAAACCCGCAAGAAGUACCAGGCUGAAUUGUCGAGCCUCUCCGAAGAACUCGAGCAAGAACGCCACAACAUUAUCCGCGUGCGCGAAGAGAAUGGCCGCUUGCACGAAGAGAUCGAGAACUGGCGCGCCAAGUGGGACGACGAAAUCCUCAACAGUUCGACUUGGGCCAAGGAGAAGGGCCGCUUGGAGAUGACCCUGCAGGACCUCAGCAAUUCUCGCGAUGAGGCUGUCAACGCACACAACGAAGCCCAGGGCAAGAUCGUCAACCUUCUCUCUCAAGUUAGAAGUCUCCGGACCUCUGUCGACGACGCAUCCGCAGAGCGCGACUCGCUUCUCAAGGAGAAGAAGGGACUUGAGUCCCGCCUUGCCGAGGCUGCUGAUCGCUUGGACGAGCUCGCCCACAGCGAGAGCCCCAGCCUCAGGAAUGCUGCUGAGGUCGAUCGUGAGCUGCUUGAACUCAAGUCUGGCCUCGCCCAGCAAGAGGAUAUCGCAUCGGCUGCUGUUGGUAAGAUGAGGCGCGCGGAGGCUUUGGGUCAGGAGCUUCAAAAGGACCUCGUGGCUGAGCGUGAGGCAAACGUGAGGCUUCACACGGAGAAGGCCAGCAUCGAGAAGAAGGUCAAGGAUUUGCAACUCCGUCUCAUCGACUUGGAGACCAAGAGCUUCUCUUCGGCCAGCCAGGACGUCAAGUACCUGCACGGCCGCAUCCAGGAGCUCGAGAAGUCCCUCGAGGAGGCCCACACGACGCGCAACACCGAGUCCCGCGCCAACCGCAACAUCGACCGCACCGUCAAGGACCUGCAGCAGCAGAUCGAGCGCCGCGAGCGGGCCAACGCGAGCAUCAGCGAGGACCUCGCCAAGUCGCGCGAGAAGAUCUCCUCCCUCCUGUCCGCCAUCGACGAGCUACAGUCGUCCGACUCGACGCACCAGCUCGCGGCCAAGCGCGCGGAGCGCGAACUCCGCGAGGAACGCGAGACGCGGCUGCGCGUGGAGCGCGAGCUCGAGGGCUGGAAGGGCCUGCGCAUCGAGCGCCGCAGCGCGCUCGGCGUGCCCGGCGGCGGCGGGUACGGCGGCGGGAGCGAUUACGGCGGCGGUGGCGGCGGCGGCGGCUCCAGGCGCGACAGCUACGCCGAGCUGCUGAGCGAGCUGCAGCCGCCGAGGGCGCUGGGCGGGCCCAGCGGCAGCAUGAGGAGCAGCAUGAGGCGCGCGAGCAACGGCACAAGGAACAGUUUUUUGUAG